UCUGAAGAUAUGAUUGCGUUUGUAAAUACGGAAGUAGGAAAUCCCCGCCGAAAACGAGGCCAUUGUGGGAAAGCCCUUCCUGUCCACGUGUUGUAAACACAGGUCACAGGAAUGCCUCCAAGGAGAAGACCGGCGACAUCACCGCCGUUAGUGGCAGGAGGAUUACACAAGGUUCAACAAGAUGGGGACACGGCCAGUAGCAGUGACAAAAAACACGUCAAGAAGUCCAAGAAGUCUGUUACAGAGACUCAAGGGAGAAGUCUGACAAGCCGAUGUGUCGCUUCCCUCAAAUACAUCCUUCUGUUCAUUAUAAUCCCACCGUUCAUCAACUACGCCUCUCUCCAGAAGGAAUACAGCUCUCUGAAACCCACAGGUGAGCUGUAUGAUGUUGGCUGGGGACAGAAGCUGUUCAUGAUGUGUGAAGGCAAGGGUCCACCCACAGUGGUUCUAGAUGCUCCUACAGGGAUGACCUCAGAUGUGUGGACGCUGGUGUGGCCUAAGCUGUCUAAACAUGCCAGGGUGUGCAUCUAUGACAGGGCAGGACUUGGAUUCAGUGAACGACCCUACGUUAACCAGUCCCAGACUCAGGAAGAGCGGAAGUACACCAGGAACCAGUGGCAGCCAUACACGGGGGAGAGGAUGGUGGAUGACUUGAACCAGCUCUUCACUGUCAGCAGUCAGCAGCCUCAACCAUUCAUUCUGGUGGGAGCAGAGCUCGGGGCGCUGGUCAGCAUGUUCUACACCCAGAUGUAUGAGGGCAAUGUCCUGGGCCUAGUACUGAUCAACCCGCUGUCAGGGAGGCUGUUUGAGCAGGACCAGGGUGUGUGGACACAGUACUGGUUCGGCCAACUGAUUCCUACGUAUCAGUCCUUUCAACUGGGUGCAGCACUGGGACUCAUGAGACUGGCCCUGAUGGUGGGCAUCCUGAAGCACCCGCUGGCUGGGGUGGAGCUGCCUGCAGAGGUGGAGAUGAGGCAGAAAUACCUGCUGUGCAACCCCCGACACCUGAGUUCUGUGGUAGAUGAGCAUCACUUCAUCAAUGAAACAUUUUCACAGAUAAAAACACUAAGCCUCAUGAAGUCAGUUCCUAAAAACAUCUCGGUCACCCUCAUCACUGGGAACUACUACGAUGAACAGAUCCCCAGCCCCCUUAACAAGGCAUGGGCCAAGUCGGAACAGUCACUGAUCUCCAGCGAGCUGCCCCACGCGACCCACAUCGUGGUGAACGGAGCUGACCAUCACAUGCUGUACCGGGAUCCCGCAGCGGUAGUGGAGCCAGUCGUCAAAAUGAUUAAACAAUACAAACUGAGACACAAACAACAAUAAACCAUAGCACCAUAUAUUUUACAGGUCAUCACUGUAUACACCAUUGAUCAUUCAACCUGCAAUUCCUUCAUUUCUCAACAUGAAUCAGUAACAUGUGGUCAUGUUC